UGUCACAUACUUAAAUAAUACUGGUUUUAGUGGGAUCCUGAUCCUGUGGUUGCCAGAGAGCACGAUUGAGCUCACGGGAGCACGUGAGUUGAUAUCUCUCCUCUCCUCAACACAUGCCCUUCAAAUCACUCUCUCUCCUCCUCGAUCGUCUCACGUUACGUCACCCUUUAGAUGUACGCAUACAACUUUUCAGGCCCUGAAGUGUUCGUUCAUACCCCAUAAGAAAGGAAAGCUUGUCGUACGGUACGAGGGUAUUUGGCAAAAACACAGUAGCCGAUAAUUCCGUCUUAUCCAAAUCGUAUAAUAUACUAUACUGAUUAGUGAGUGUAUGUUAUGUACAGCACAAUUGUUCAUUCAAACAUACACUCGAAAACCUAUGUAACAUAGAAGGUUAGAGUUUCUGUUUUUAUAGGUUUAUUAUUAUAUUAUUACUGGUUUCGUGCUUGAGCUUCUUGAAUCACGAGUUGUCGAUCCAUAUCCUGCUGCUUUCAUGAGCUAUAAAUGUGAAUUUCUGAAUUUUGAGGAUUGGGUUUCAUUUCUGCGGAUAGAGAAGUUGAGGGAAUGUCUGAGCUUUGUAUCCACGGUGGUUUAGAUGAUUUUGCAUACUGGGCUUCUGGUGGAGUGUGCAGGAUUUACUCAUUUGGAUUUUGGAGGUUUAGAGUUUUGUAAAGUGAACGACUGAUCCGAAUCUUUAGUUGGGAAAACUCUUCUUUCUUCUAUUAUGAGCGAAGAUUUGGUAAUUCCAUGUUGGAGGAUUUAGGUUACCGACAUUCGCUUGUAAAGUUUCAUAUGAGUUAGUUUGAUUAAAGAAGCUGGUGAGGAGAAAUCCAAGAGGGAGCCCAAGAGAUGUCAAAGUCUGCAAAUGAAACUAACCGCUCUGGAAGCACUUCUGCUAAAUCAGAACAAAAUGCACGUGUUGUUGCACAGACUCGCAUUGAUGCCAAAUUGCAUUCAGAUUUUGAAGAAUCUGAACGUUUGUUUGAUUAUUCAACUUCGGCUGAUAUGAACUUAUUGAGUUCGGCUAGCAAUGUUCCCUCUUCAACUUUAUCAACUUACCUCCAAAAGAUGCAGAGAGGAAAGUUAAUUCAGCCCUUUGGUUGUAUCAUUGCAGUUGAUGAGCAAAACUUCACAGUUCUUGCCUAUAGUGAAAAUGCCCCAGAAAUGUUGGAAUUGGCACCACAUGCUGUUCCAAGUAUGGAGCAGCAAGAAGCUCUGACUUUUGGAAAUGAUGUAAGAACACUAUUUCGGUCUCCAGGAGCUGCAGCCUUGCAGAGGGCAGCCAACCUUGAUGAAGUUAAUCUUCUCAAUCCAGUAUUGGUUCACGGUAAAACCUCAGGUAAGCCCUUUUAUGCUAUUUUGCACAGAAUUGAUGUGGGGUUAGUCAUCGAAUUAGAACAAGUGAAUCCAGCUGAGGCGCCAGCGACUGCUGCUGGGGCAUUGCAAUCUUAUAAGCUUGCGGCUAAAGCCAUUUCAAGGUUGCAGUCCUUGCCUAGUGGGAAUAUAUCACUUUUAUGCGAUACAUUAGUUAAGGAAGUAAGUAAGCUAACUGGAUAUGACCGAGUGAUGGUGUAUAAAUUUCAUGAAGAUGAGCAUGGAGAAGUUGUUGCUGAAUGCCGCAGACCUGAUUUGGAGCCAUAUUGUGGUUUGCAUUACCCAGCUACUGAUAUACCACAAGCUUCCAGAUUCCUCUUCAUGAAAAACAAGUAAAGAUGAUAUGUGAUUGUUCUGCCGCACCAGUGAAGAUAAUUCUAGACAGAGAUUGAUAAGCCAUUGAGUCUUGAUGGAUCUAUAUUGAGAUCUCUCAUAGUUGUCA